AUGGUUCGGGAGGAGGAUCUUGAUCUGGUGCUGGUGCCCCUGGGGCUGGCGGUGCUGGCCGGCUACCACCUGUGGCUCCUCCACGCCAUCCUGCGCCACCCGACCCGCACCGUCGUCGGCCUCAACGCCCUCGCCCGGAAGCGCUGGAUCGCCGUCAUGAUGGCCAACACGGAGAAGAACGGGGUGCUGGCCGUGCAGACGCUGCGGAACAACAUCAUGGCGUCCACGGUGCUGGCCACGACGGCCAUCACGCUCGUCUCCGUCAUCAGCGUCUUCAUCGGCGCCACGGCGGGCCGCUCCCCGGCGGCGCCCUCGUCGUCGCCGCUGCUGGUGUACGGGAGCAAGACGGGGCAGGUGUUCGCGGUCAAGUACCUGGCCAUCUCGCUCUGCUUCAUGCUCGCCUUCGUGUGCAACGUGCAGGCCAUCCGGCUGUACGCGCACGCCAGCUUCCUGCUGGGCCUGCCGCCCGGGGGAGGCGAGGACGGCGGCGGCGCGGCCGAGCAGUUCAGGGCGUACGUGGCGCGCACGGUGAACCGCGGCAGCCACGCCUGGUCGCUCGGCCUCCGCGCCUUCUACGUCUCGCUCGCGCUCUUCAUGUGGACCUUCGGCCCCAUCCCGAUGCUCGCCUGCAGCGUCCUCAUGUGCGCGCUGCUCUACUUCCUCGACACCUCCGCGGACUAUGCCAAGGGGAUACAGCACAUGCACGGCGAAGGUGGAGGGGGCACACGCAAAGACGGCGCCGUGUGA